UCUCCUCCCCACCGCGAGAGACCGUGAUCGCGCCGCGAAGAAAGGGCGUUUGGCGCCGUGCAGAUGAACGCGGGGGGUAGGGGUUCUAGUAUGCAUACUUUCCGGUAGUCUGCAUUCUAAAUAUGACUCAGAGACGCUGUGGUGGGGAAUCCAUUUCAUUGCGGAGUGGAGUCGACGACGACGGGAUGGAUGCAGGAGGCGGUUACUGAGGCCCGCCGGGUCUGCUGUUGACGACCAAGAAACCCAUCUGAUGCCGUGUUCGUGGUCGUCGACGCUGCUCGCCGCCGUUUCAUCGUGCGCUCCUCUUCGUCAUCCCUGCCUACCGGCGCGAGCGACUGGCGCUGAGCGCUCCGUCGAGGCAUGAGGAUAAGUAGCAGCUGGUCGCCGGCCAUCCCUUUCGUUGGUUCUCUCCUUCUCACUUCUCUCCUCACAGAGAAUAUCCUCCGACUCUUCGCUUUCCCUCUCUUUUUUAUUUUUUCCUUUGGACGAGCUGCGCUCGACGAAUCUCCUUGGUCCCUUUAUUUUAUUUUAUACCAAAAAUUAUCAUACUUGAUUGUCUUGAUUUACUAGGAGCUGGCUCCAGAAUCAGAUACACCUACCUACCUGUCUUAAUCGAUAGUGUCUAAUUACGUCGCUGUCAUCAACAACCCCUCCAAGUUCCAACCCCCCGUCUCUUCCAACAUGGCCGUCGAUAUGUCCUUCGACUACAACUUCUCUUUCGGCCCUGCCACCCCACCUGACUACUCCUAUGAGCUCGCCUUCCAAGAGGCCAGCUAUCAGCCGGCGUACCGCCGCGCCGACUCCCUCUCCUCGCAGAUGUCCAUGUACUCCAAGGAGUCCUCGCCCGACACCACCAACAUCCAGCUAGCCACCCCCAUCAAGUCGCCCAUCCGCCAGCAUGGCCCGCUGCUCCUCCCCAAGAUCCGUUCUCAGGACCAGGCCAUCGAGUCGCCCGCCAAGCGCGUCAAGAAGAACGGCACCGCCGGCACCUGGAAGCCCAGCCACAGCCGCAGCUACACCAACCCAGAGACAAUCACAUACAUGCCUGCUGCGCUCGCGACACCCUCGCACAGCCGUUCCUCCUCCACCCUGUGCUCCCCAAUCUCCAUGACUAGCAGCGUCGACGCACAGUUCCGCCGCGCCUCGAGCUGCAGCCUCGACGGCCAGACCAUCGGCAAGUAUGGCUUCCCCACCUACCGCCAGAUGCCGACAUACAUCUCGUCCACCGCUGGCACCGAGACCUUUGUCCCCGCGCCAUACUACACCGCGCCCCCCCGCGAGCCGUCGCCAAUGCGCAACUCCAUCUCCUUCGACGACUUCUGCGAGGAGCUCGAGCUCGCCCCGGCCCCACCAGCAGACGAGCCCACCACGACGCUACAGACCUUCCUCACUGCGCCAAACCCAACCCCAUCGCUCGUGCGCCAACUCAACAUCCACGUCCGCGACCCAGCCAGUAAGCACUUUUGGUGGGACAUCCGCCAGAUCCGCCCCUGGACCUCCUUCACCAGCACAACCAUAACCUCGAUACCCGGCCUCGCGGCCCUCCUCACCGUCGCCCUCCCCGCCUCUUCCCUCCCAGCCCCCUCCGCCCCGCGCACCACGCACCCCGAAACCGAAACCGAGCUCGCAGCAAUCUACACCUCCUUCUACGCCGCCAAGCUCAACGCCGCCCUCGCCGUCGCCCAAGGCACGCGCCACCUCCUCAUGCGCGCCCCCACCCCCUCCUCCACCCAAGACGCCAGCUUCGUCAGCAACUACACCGACGACACCUCUGCGCUCAUCUUCGGCCGCGGCCUCGGCCGCGUCGUCGGGCUUGUCAAGUCCUUCGAUCGCUGGAACUCCGCUAUGCGCGUUGAGGGCAACCACAAGCGCGUCGCCUACCUCCGCGGGCUCGCGCACCUGCACCGCUGCAUGCGCGAGCACGGGUGCCGCUACGGCUUCAUCAUGACGGAGAUUGAACUCGUCGUCGUCCGUAACGGCGGGGAAGCAACCCCGCACUUCGGGUACCUAGAAGUCGCCAGCAUCCCCCUCGCUGAGACUGCCUCCGCCUCCGACGCGGAGGAGGGGGCGGAGGUAAAGAUGACUGCCCUCCUCGCGCUGUUCUACCUGCACAUGCUUGCGCGCGAUGCGCCGCUGCAGGGGCAGGUGGGGUGGAAGGCGGAGAUUGGGGCCCCGGCGGAGGGGACGAGGAGGAAGUGUCUACCGAGGGAUGAGUGGAUGCCUGCGCCGCAGUUGGCGGAGAAGAGGGAGGCGAAGAGGGCGAGGGGGUGGGUGUGGCCCGAGGAGGCGGUGGGGAGGAAGGAGAUGGGGAAGAGGGGGGUUAGGUAUGCGGGGGCUGUUGCGGGGGUGUAGUAUAUGAUGGGGCGCGCUGGACGUGUCGGAGUGGGGAGUUGAUGAUGUGAUGCAUUGUUGGUGUUUUUGGUGGUAUAUUAUAAUAAUUGAUACGUUUUAUGAUUUGAG